UCCUUUCGGUUUGUUCGUUAGUUGGAUGUUGUUUGUUGGGGAAGAGUUUUCCGUUUUUUGAUUUUCCUUGUGUUCUCAUGUUCUGUUUCUAGUGACUACCAAAACCACCAUCUCACGGCUAUUCAGUGAAAUAGUGUGCGCAGUUUGUGUUGUGCGGCGUUUUGAAAAUUCUAGGUGAAAAUUGUAAUCCUUUGUAAUUGGAUUGGUGACAAAUUACGUAAAAAGCUCGUUGAAUAAUUUGGAAUAAGCGCACAAAGCGGUGGAAUAUCGAAUCCCUUGUUCCAAAGCGAUCUUCGUUUUGGAAAAUUACGACGACUAGACAGCCAGUAACGACGGAAGCAGCAUCAGAGCGAAGGCGCAUCAUAUUUGGUCUUUUAUCACAUCAGCACAUUACCGGAGGAAAACUUAUCGCAGCAACGAUGUCCCUGCAGGUACAGUCAAGUCAGCAGCCGCCCUCCGGGCGACGUACUCCACAAGUUUUUCAAAAUUACGGUCCUGGAGGUGGUCCCACAUCACCAACCAACGGAAACAAUAAAACAGGUUCAUCAAAACUUUCGCUGAAGGCGGUCAGUGAAAAAUCUUCUGCCGCACCGGCCACGACGGAACCGACCGCCACCAGUGUCAAGGAAUCGCCACAAACUCUAGUUUUAUCAAUAGCCAAACUGUCGGACGACACCAACAAUGCUCCGAAGGAAGCAACAGUGAAUGACAACAAUGAAAAAGCUGCAGCUAGUAAUGGAACGAGCUCUAAUGGCACUCAUGCUGAAAAGGAAACUAAUGGGAAAGCUGAAGAAACUGUUGCAACCUCGGUAAAGACUGCUUCAGCGGCAUCGAAAAAAGAAGAAGAAAAAGAGAAAAAAAUUAAACAAAGUCCGCGUUCAACUCCUCAGAAACAAUCGCAGCCCGAACCGGAGAACUCUUCCUCUAAAAAUACUUCCAGUAAGAAACUUAAGGAAUCUCCAUUGCCGGUAACUCCAGAUCAGAAGAAGAACGAAAAACCAACAGUAACCCCAGAUCAGAAGAAGAACGAAAAACCAACAGAAAGCUCACUGGUCGCUGAGAAAACGUUGAAAGGUUUCAACGCCGAGGGCGAAGAAAUGGAGUCGUUAAUCGUCGAACCAUCCGAGUACGAAGAUUCCCCAAUGCCACCGCGCACCGGUGGAAAAUCGAAGCUUCUAAAAUUUGGCUCCGGUCCGCUGGCCAGAGCACGAAUCAGUCCAUUCCGUAUGAAUGAGGCUACUAAAAAUGCCAGCACCGCUGUUAAUCUGAGCACCGUUAGCGAAGGCCAGUCAAGCGCUCCGGAGUCAAACGAAACUUCUCCGGUGUCCGAUUACAAUCGACCUCUGCGCGCUAUUUCCGGUCGUCGCUCUACGCGACCUUUAACCGACAUACAGUUGACAUAUCGUUCAGCAGUUGAACUCAACGAUUCUACAUCGAGCCUGAAUGUAACAAUUGGAUCAGAAAUUCACUAUGACAGCCUACGCACACCAGCUCCAGGAUCAUCUCGCAAGCGUAAAGCAAUGACACCGGAAUCUACAUCAGAUGCAUUGGAUGUGAAAGAAGUAGUCGACAGUCCCAAACGUGGCCGAUUGGAUUUUAGUGGAUUAUUAGAAAUCGUUGCAAGUCCGGUAACAAUGCUCAAAAAUCGUUUCUCACGUGUUAAACUGCAAGCAAGCACCCCAGUUGCCAAGCGGAACUUCGACGACGACAAUCUGGAACCCGGCGCAGUUGUAACAGCUGAGGCAACUACUACAACUGCCAAUAUUUCUGGUGAAGAAGCCAAGAUGGAAGUGGAUGUCGCCGAGCAGCAAAAAGUUGAAGAGCUUGUGAAGCCUACUGGCGAUGACGACAAUGUUAAGGACGAACAGCAUGCAACCGUCAAGGAGAACCCUUCUACUGCCACCGAACCUAUGAGUGACAGUUCUGCAAAGAACGAUUCCGGCGACGGAAGUGAACCGGUUGUGGUUAAGGAUGUCACCAACAAGCGACAGUUUUGUAUUAUUAUGUAAUGCAUUGAUGCAUUAAUAUUUUUCACCUGAACUCACUGUCCUAUAUUCGCUAUUGUAAUUUUUAAUGUCACUUAGCAGUCCUUCCGCCGAAGGCUAGUGUUCAUUCGAAUGUGAAACAAUUUCUUUUAUGUAGUUUUUGUUUCAAGCCGAAGGAAUUUUAAAAGUAUUCCAAAGUCCAAAAUUUUAGUUCGUCUAAGUAAAUUCUGUCGCAAAAUUUGGCUGCGAUUUUUCUGUUUUUUUUUUUAUCAAAAUGAGAUUUUUCUAUUUCAAGAAAAGAAUGCAAUAUCUACGAACUAUACCCGAAUGCGAUAAUUAAUUUUCGUCUUGCAUAAAGAGGAAGACAAUCGUAAAUAUCAAAUCAUUUUGAUGUUCAAAGAAUUACUUUGUUUUCUGGGACCCAGAUGUUUCUUAGGUGUAAUAAGGAUUUUUUUAAACAAAACAUACAUAUUCAUCUAAAAAUCAAAUAAAGUAGCAACAAAUACUAUAUACUUAUGUGAACGGAUACGUUUAGUAAAUCAUCGGGAAAAAUCUCAGAAAAUAAA